AUAUAACCCCUCCUCCCUGAUCUUCAUUCAGACAAAACCAGAAAAGGAAAAAAAAAAAAUACGAUGCCGUUCUUUUCUCGAGGUGAUGAUGACCAGGUCGACGAUUACGAUGAGUACGAUCCCACCCCAUACGGUGGCGGAUACGACAUUGCCUUAACGUACGGUCGCCCAAUCCCACCGUCCGAUGAGACCUGCUAUCCAAUCAGCUCAGCCUCCGGUGAAAUUGAUUACGAUCGCCCCAAUUACUCCUCUUACUCUGAGCCAUCUGCUUACGCUGAUGAAGCUCUUGAAACUGAAUACAGCAGCUAUGCUCGUCCCAAGCCCCGACCUGGAUCCACUUAUGGUGAACCUCAACCGGCAUACGGUUUCCAGCCUGGAAUGAAUAGGCCCGGAUUGGAUGAGUCUGAUGGCUAUGUGAAGCCGGCCAGUGAGGAAUAUGGAAGGAGACCCGAAUCGGAAUAUGGGUCUGGUGGGUAUGGCAAUCCUCAAAGUGAAGAAUAUGGAUCUGGGUAUGGAAGGAAACCCGAAAGUGAAUAUGAGUCUGGUGGGUAUGGCAAUCCUCAAAGUGAAGAAUAUGGAUCUGGGUAUGGAAGGAAACCCGAAAGUGAAUAUGAGUCUGGUGGGUAUGGCAAUCCUCAAAGUGAAGAAUAUGGAUCUGGGUAUGGAAGGAAACCCGAAAGUGAAUAUGAGUCUGGUGGGUAUGGCAAUCCUCAAAGUGAAGAAUAUGGAUCUGGGUAUGGAAGGAAACCCGAAAGUGAAUAUGAGUCUGGUGGGCAUGUGAGGCCAAGUGAGUACGGGUCUGUUUAUGGGCGCAGACAAGAAUCGGAGUACGGGUCUGGGAAUGAGAGGCCACAGAGUGAGGAAUAUGGAUCUGGGUAUGGAAGGAGACCCGAGGGCGAAUAUGAGCCUGGUAGGUAUGAGAAGCCGAGCGAGUAUGGGACUGGUUAUGGGCGCAGAAAGGAAUCGGAGUACGGGUCUGGGUAUGAGAAGCCAGAGAGGGAUGAAUAUGGAUCUGGGUAUGGCAGGAGACCGGACUCUAAAUAUGGGUCUGGAUACGAGAAGCCAGCUGAGUAUGGGUCGGGUUAUGUGAGGAAAUCCAAAACUGAAUAUGGAUCUGGGUAUGAGAAGUCCAGCGAAUAUGGAGGGGGGACUGUGGAAUAUGGAUCUGGGUAUGAGAAGCCCAGCGAAUAUGGAGGGGGGAAUGUGGAAUACGGAUCCGGGUAUGGGAGGAGGCUAGGAUCCGAAAAUGAAGGAAGUGGGUCAGAGUAUGGUUCUCGGUACGGGAGGAAGGAGAGUUAUGGGGAAGAUGGAGAAGGGGAUGGGGGAAGGAGCCAAUAUGAGAAGCCAAGUUAUGGAGAUGAUUCACCUAAGAGAUCUAGUUAUGCGAGACAGGAGGAAGGAGGAGAGUAUGAGAGGCCUUCUUAUGGGAGUCGUCGUAGUGAUGAGGACGACGAGUAUCGUCAUAAUAAGUAUCGUGAUGGUGGUGAAGAGGGCUAUGGCCGCAAGAAAUAUGGAGAUGACAAUUCUGAUGAUGAUGCGGAGAAGCACCGCCACCACCGAAAGAAUUAUGAUGAUGAGUGAUCAAUCAACUGUUAAUGGGAUUUAUGGCACCAUUAGCUGCUACUAAAUAAAGGGUUUUGUCAUGUCUCUGCAAUCUGUUGUACUUCUGAAUAAAAUCCCGAACUUAAAGGGUUUGUGGUGUGUUCUUUAAUGUAGCUUUAUGAUAAUGAAAAUUAUGUGGUCUGAUAUGGUGAUUGAAUCC